GAUAAAUCUUUCAUUUAUUUUUCAGACAAUGGGCUGGAGUAUCUCACUCAUUAUUUUGUUGAUAUUUUCUUUCGAACAAGCUGAGUUAUUUAUCAGUGGGAAUGCCACGUGUGAUAACCAAAUGUUAUUUUAUGCGGAUGGCGUUCAAUAUGCUGAGAGUGUUAACUGGUGGGAGUCGUCGCCCAUCAAUAUUCCGGACAAUACCACGGUUGUGGCUAUAAAAUGCCAAGAUACGGGAGACGCUGGGGGAAUUAAAGCAGCAUUGGAUAACGGCAUUAAGACAGAUGUUUCCUGGAAAUGUUCAGAUACAUUUGAAGCUGGAUGGAAUCAAAUCGGAUUUGAUGACAGUGCGUGGAGUGUUGCUGUUGUUCCUGUUAAUGAUCCAUGGAAUUCUAAACCCGCAUCCUUGGUUGGAAAAGCUGAUUGGAUAUGGAUAUUGCAAACCACUGGACAAACCAUGGUUGUCUAUUGUAGAAAAGUCAUCAACUUAGAUACACCACCUACAACAUCAAGUGAGACAGAUGCAACACCUAGUGAUACAUAUACAGCAACCAGUGGUGUAGAUACACUCCACACAACAACCACGUUAGAUACACCACCUACAACAACCAAUGUAGAUACAGCAACCACGGUAGAUAGAACACCCACAACAAAUGGUAAUACUGAUACAACCACGGUAGAUACAACACCUACAACACCUGGUAAUACAGAUACUACCACGGUAGAUUCACCACCUACAACAACUGGUGAUACAGAGACACCCCCUACAACAACCGUUGUAGAUACAUCAACCACGGUCGAUACACCACCUAUAACAACCGGUGAUACCGAUGCAACACCUACAGCAACUAGUUUUACAGAUACGCCACCUACAAAAACCACGCCACCAUCGACAACAACCAGUGAUACAGAUGCGCCACCUACACCACUUACAGCAACUAGUAAUACAGAUACUCCACCUACGACAACUAGUGGCGCUGACACAAAAACUCACACAUUUAAUAACUCCACCUUAAAGACGCCAAGUAAAGAAGUCAAGAAGUUGUGUGGCUGUAACUGCAUUAAAAGGCCCAACCCUAAUCAAACAAACACUCUUCAGGCAAAGGUAACUUCACUACAGAAAGAUCUUAAAGUGACAGUCAAAAGUCUUUCAUCCACAAUACGUAGAAAAAAAUCAGCUGCCGACUCUAGGGUGUCAUCAUCGAUUAUUGGGACAACCUCCACCAUCAUCCUGAUCUGUACAAUGGGUGUCAUGGUUGUGGCGGACAUCCCAACCAUAGCUAAGCACAUUUACAGCAAUUUCUGUGAUGCACGAAAGAAAGACAGCGAGACUGAAAUGAUAUCAACAGUUACUUGAUUUAUUGAAUAAAGUGAAUACAAAUUUCUUUUUUUAAAAAAACAUUAGCAAUUUCUGUGAGGUACAGAAGUAAAUUAGCGACAUUGAAAUUUUAUGAA